UUUUCCUGUGGAGCACUUUGUGACUUUGUUCGGAUAAGUGCUGUACAACUGCAGUUAUUAUUAUAGGACACGAACUUCCAUCUCUCUGACGUGUGAUCCUCCAACGUGUCCAAAACAUUACGCCAGACCCGAGAUGCUUCAUGGGAAAUGAAGUCCUCCUCGUCACACUCUUACGUGUUUCUCCACGACUUCCGGGAAGUAAGAGAAACUACAAACUGAGCGGUGGCCGCCGGGAGAAGUCCAACAUGUUGGUCGCCCACUGUGCGCUGGUUUUAUUCCUCUGCCACUCGGCGUGCGGAGUUUUCCAGAAACUCUACUGCGCCAUUUCCGAGAGCUGCGACUGCGACUUCAGACCGAGCAUCAGAGACUUAGAGUGGGACCUCUACAAGAAUGUCUUCGGACAACACCUGGCCCAGGACAUCAUAUCAGAGGCGGUGGCCGGCUUCCUCCAGAAUAAAAGCCCCGAUCGCCCCCUGGUGCUGUCCUUCCACGGCUCCUCUGGGACAGGGAAGACACUGGUCAGCUCCAUGCUGGGAAAUCAUCUGUAUGGCUCAGCUAUGAGCAGCCCAUAUGUCCACCAGUUUGUUCCAACGCUGCACUUCCCAAUGCCUCAACGGGUCAAUGAGUACAGAGAGGAGUUGAAGCUCUGGGUGCAGGGGAACCUGACGGAAUGUGCGCGCUCCAUCUUCAUUUUUGACGAGAUGGAGAAGAUGCCUUCAGGCCUCAUCGAUGUCCUGGAGCCUUUCCUGGGUCCUUCUCACGUUGUGUUUCGCACCAAUUACCGCAAGGCCAUCUACAUCUUCAUCAGCACCACCGGAGAGGACGUGAUAAACAAGGUGACGGUGGAGAACCGUCAGGCUGGACGGGACAGAGAGGAGAUCACGUUGGCCGACCUGCAGGACGCCAUCGCACAGUCAGUCGACAACAACAACACCAGCGGCUUCUUCCACUCCAGCAUCAUCCAGCAGAAGCUCAUCACCCGCUUCGUUCCCUUCCUGCCGCUGAGCCGACGCCACAUCGAGCGCUGCGUCCACUCGCAGCUCUGCCAGCGGGGCAGGUGUGGCCGCAGUGACGUGGUGGAGGCAGUCGGACACGACAUGAUUUACACUCCCGCCCCAGGACAAUACUUCUCCACCACCGGCUGUAAGGCCGUCUCUGCCAAAAUCAACUUCUUCCUGUGAGCCGGGGGUCAGACGGGUGUUGACUGACAGGGAACCUCCUUCUGAGGUGGAAAGAAACAGAACUUUACGUCUGUCUGAGUGAGUUUCUGCCGCAUGGAGUUCAGAGCAGCGGGUUUGGAGCCAGCAGAGAUUCAGAGUCAAGGAUGCCUCCUGCGCUUUGAAUCAAAGGGAAUCAAACCCACAACCCUCAGUGCAGAGUUUCCCUGAAGACGUUGUUGCUUUGUCCGUGGAUUUUUGUCCGUCUCUGAACACAGGAGAGUUUGUUCCCUGAGCUUUGUUCAGCAUCUGAACCGGGACACGUCUCAGUCUCUACCUCAAACCCAACUGCACCUGUCGGUUAUGAAGUUGGUUUCACAUAUAAUGUAUUUUAAUAUUCAAGAGCGUUCUGAGUGAACCCAUGAACUCUCUCACAGUGUUAAACCUUAAAAUGAUGAUACAACAACAAAUACGGGAAAUAAAACCCACUGAAAAUAAAAUAAAAACAUGAUGCGUUUUAAAAAGAGAUGCAGCCGCACAAAGUUAAGUCUGUAUCACUUCCUGUCAGAUUUAGGAAAUCCAGAACAACUUUUUUAACUUAAAGCGAGAAACUUAGAACUUUUAGAAAUGUGUUGAAUUAUCGGAUCAAUAAUUGAAACAUGAGGCUUUUCCCAUGUGGCUGAUUUAUUGGGGAUGAGUCAAGUCAAACUGAGGUGCUGCUCUAAGAGUCCAAAACUAUUUUUUUAAACUAAAGGAAGAAGCUGAUGGAUUUUACUUAGGGCUCUAAUCUGGGUGCACGUGUGCACUUUAGCCACCAGGAGGCAGUAAAGACUUAAUUUUACCAAGCGAGGAAGAGGAGGUGCAGACUUCACCUGCAGCUCAGUGCCUUUUAUUUCUUCUACUCACAUUUAACAGUUUAACACUUUUGUAAUUUAGAUAUUUUGUAAAAUAAAAUGUGUUGUAAAAGGCGACAACACUGAAACUGCACUUUAGUUUGUAACCUGUUGGAUUAUCGAGCCAUUUUUAGUCGUGAAGUUUAAUUUAUUAUUACAACCAAUUAACGGUUGUGAAUUCUAGUUUCUGCAUUCGUUUGUGACUGUAUGAAGAACUGCAGCAGAAAGUCGUGCAAUAAAAAAAGCAUCAAUUUAAUGAA